GCUCUGCCUCACUCUCCGCGGCGCCGGGUCCACAGCAGCACGAGAGGCAGUCGGACGGCAGGAUGAGUGCAGGGUCGGACCCCGUGGUCAUCGUCUCGGCGGCGCGGACCGUCAUUGGCUCCUUCAAUGGCGCCUUGUCCACCGUGCCCGUCCAUGAUCUGGGCUCGACUGUCAUCAGAGAAGUCCUGAAGAGGGCCGCCGUGGCCCCCGAAGACGUGUCAGAGGUCAUAUUUGGACACGUUUUGGCAGCAGGUUGCGGGCAGAAUCCUGUUCGACAAGCCAGUAUGGGCGCGGGAAUCCCCUACUCUGUUCCAGCUUGGAGCUGCCAGAUGAUCUGUGGGUCAGGCCUAAAAGCUGUGUGCCUUGCAGCCCAGUCCAUAGGGAUAGGAGACUCCAGCAUUGUGGUUGCUGGUGGCAUGGAAAGUAUGAGCAAGGCUCCUCACUUGGUUCACCUGAGGACAGGAGUCAGGCUUGGGGAAACGCCACUGACUGACAGUAUACUCUGUGACGGGCUUACAGAUGCGUUUCACAACUAUCAUAUGGGCAUUACAGCUGAAAAUGUAGCCAAAAAAUGGCAAGUGAGUAGAGAAGAUCAGGACAAGUUGGCAGUUCUGUCCCAGAACAGGACAGAGAGUGCACAGAAAGCUGGCCAUUUUGACAAAGAGAUUGUGCCAGUUUUUGUAUCUUCUAGAAAAGGUCUUAUUGAAGUUAAAACAGACGAGUUUCCUCGCCAUGGGAGCAACAUAGAAGCUGUGUCUAAGCUGAAGCCUCACUUUCUUACCGACGCAACAGGAACAGUCACCCCAGCUAAUGCUUCAGGAAUAAAUGAUGGUGCUGCAGCUGUGGUUCUUAUGAAGAAGUCGGAAGCUGAUAAUCGUGGGCUUACACCUUUAGCAUGGAUAGUUUCCUGGGCACAAGCAGGUGUAGAGCCUUCCAUUAUGGGAGUAGGACCAAUUCCAGCAAUAAAGCAAGCUGUUGCAAAAGCAGGCUGGUCACUGGAGGAUGUUGAUGUAUUUGAAAUCAACGAAGCUUUUGCAGCCGUCUCUAUUGCAAUAACUAAAGAACUUGGAUUAAACCCAGAGAAGGUCAACGUUGAAGGAGGGGCCAUAGCCUUGGGCCAUCCUCUUGGAGCAUCUGGCUGUCGGAUUCUUGUUACUCUGCUACACACAAUGGAGCGCAAGGGCGGACAUCGUGGUGUUGCUGCUCUAUGCAUUGGGGGUGGGAUGGGAAUAGCAAUGUGUGUUCAGAGAGGAUGAAACUGUUUAAUAAUCUUGCUUAAACUAACCUUGAAGUAAUUUUUUAAACUAAUAAGGUACUCAAGUUUUAAUAUGUGAAAUCAGAGGACCAAAGUGAGGAGAGAAACCAUCACCCACUGCAUAAGAACCCAGGCUUGACAGCUCGUUGUACUUUAAUGUGUAAUACUCGAGGUACAAGACAACUGCCUCUAACAUUGUUAUAAAUAAAAGAGAAAUCAGAUCAGU